UAUGAGUAAUCAGUACAGUAUUUAGUACCCGAAGGUUUAACAGCACAAUAUUUCUGAAACUAUUAUAAGUAAUUUUUGUCUGGUUAUAUUAGAAAGCAUGGCUUCAUCAGGAAAAAAAGGAAAAAAAAAUAAAGGUACCGUUAUAUCGUUACAAUCAUUUUUGUCGAAUGGUGAUGUUCCAGCAGGAACAACGCAGGUGGCAAAAAAUAUAAGAAAUGUUGAUGGGGAAGAUAGUGACGAUGGAGGAAAAAUUCAUACAGUGGUUUGCCAACUUCCUACAGCACCUCGUGCCAACAGAAUAUUUGAUGAUAAUUCUAUACCUCAUAAACCACCAUUUAUUGCCUAUGUCACUAAUUUGCCAUUUGAUAUUAAGGAGGAAGAUAUAUAUGAAUAUUUUAAUGCAAAUCAUGUUAUGUCGGUACGACUUCCACGAGAAGACGGAGAAACAGGCAGGGUUCGAGGAUUUGGUUAUGUGGAAUUUGAGAGCAGAGAUGAUUUAAUACAAUCUUUAGGUAUACCAGACCCAACAAUUAAGGGCAGACGAAUCAGAAUCGACUUGUCUAAUGAGAAUGAACAAAAUUCGAGACAGCGUGGGGCGAGAAGAGGGUAUGAUUCAGGGAGUAGUAAUGUAGAAGGAAGAGAUUCAACUAAUUGGAGGCGCGACAGUACUCAAAAGAGGGACUCAUACAGCUUUGGUGUUGAACGAAGCUUCAAUAGAGAUCAAAAGUCUACAUCUGACGAUUAUAAUUCACCUGGUUCAUGGCGUCUAAAAAAUGCAUCUAAUUCCACUGUAUCAUCUACUCUUGAACAAUUUAAUCAAAAAGAUCGAGAUGUAUGUCAGGAAGAAAAGGAUUAUACAUCCGAACGGCCAAAGCUAAUGCUUAAGCCGCGUACACUGCCACUCCCAGAACUCGAUGUACAAUUGCAAAUCACUGUAGAAUCCAAAAUUAAUGAUAAUUCUGUAAAAUUUACUGGUACAUCGACGGAAAAAGUUUUUGGAUCGGCGAAGCCAGUUGAUACUACAGCAAGAGAUUUAGAAAUUGAAGAGCGUUUAGAAGAUGUCCGCCGCCAAGACAACUUACGCAAGGAUGUUAUAAAAAGUACACAUGAUCUGAAUGAAUUGAGCAUUGCAAAAAAUGAAAAAGUUACAAGUCUUGAUCAAAACUGGCGACGUCAAAGUACAAACGAAGAAACUUACAAUAAUCAAGACAAGAAAAGUUUAAGAACAGAUAUACGCCGCGAUAACGUUAAAGAUAAUCGGAAAAAAUAUCAAGAUAAGAGUGAAGGAUCCGAUUGUCAAAAGAAUAGAGACGGAAAGCGAAAGGAUGUAAUUAAAAACAAACGUGAAGUAAAAAUAGACAGACAAACUUAUAAUAACACGCAUAAUCAAAGCGAGCAUGCUGUGCAAUCUUCAAACAAAUAUUCAGGAUUAGAUGAAGUAUCGGAUUGAUUGCCGUGUAUAAUAAUGGAAUAUGAAGACGAUGGAGAGAAGAACAAUUUUAUUAUCGUGUGCUUGCAUUUUAUAAUACACUGUUGACAUCAAAAAAGGAAAUAAAAAAGAUAUAACAUCAA